AUGGCCACUGUGAUUAACAUCACAGAUAAAAAUCAUCUUGAACAAAUUAUACAAGAAGCAAAUAAUGUAACAAAUGGUCCAAUCAUUGUAGUUAUGGAUUUUUAUGCUUCAUGGUGUCGUCCUUGUUCAGAUAUAGCUCCUGUCUUUCAAGAAUUAAGUAUCAAGUAUACAAAUAUGAAAUUUGUUAAAAUUGAUGUUGAUAAACAUGAGGACGUUGCACAACGUUACAAUGUCAGAUCAUUACCUACGUUUAUAUUUCUACGUGGAGCUGAGCAAAUUGAUCGGAUUACUGGUGGAGUUCCACAAAAGUUAAGAGAUAAAGUACAGGAACUUGCUCUCUCUGGAUCAGACUCUCAUGAAAGUGGUUCACAUAAGAGCCCGCAGUCUUCUAAACAAUAUGAUAUGGAUGUAUUAUUGUCAAAAAAUCAAUGUGAAUGUUUAAAUGAAGAUGAUACUCAUUCACUUGCUCAAUUAUUACAUUCCUCUGAAAAUAAUAAUUCCAAGACAUAUUUAUUAUCAGAUACAGAUGAACAGCUUAUUAUAUACAUUACCUUUUCACAAUUUGUUCGUAUUCAAUCUGUACAGAUUAAUGGACCUAAAGAGAAUGCACCAAAAAUAGUAAAACUAUUUAUAAAUCAAACAUCAACACCUGAUUUUGAUAGUUGUGAAAUUGGUGAAGCUAUACAAACAUUAGAAUUAACAGAAGAUGAUAUCAAAGAUGGCGGGAUAACUCAGUUGAAUUUUGUAAAGUUCCAAAAUGUCAGUACACUUACAAUUUUUGUAAAAAAUAAUCAAACAUCUACUGAUCAAACUCGAAUUGAUAAAUUGAAAUUUUAUGGUUAUCCAGUGAAUACAAUAAAUAUGAAUGAAUUUAAAAGGGUCUCCGGGAAGAAAGGUGAAGCCCACGGUUAA